AAGGAAGGUUUCUGGGGUUCUCCACCUCCCCCCCACCCCAAUCACUUCCUUUGGUUUCUUCACCUCCAGGAAAUCACUGGAAUUGGUAUCUCCAAAGGGGCUGUCGGUGUGAUUGCUAUUGAUCGUUAUCGAUUGUGAUCAAUAAGCGGCAUCUCUUCCGAACCCCUUGGCUCUGGGAUUUGCAAAGAAGAGUCUUCAACUUCCUAACGUCGGAGGUGGAUUUUUUUUUAAAAUCCUGCUUUACAGGAAAGGAGAACCCUAAACGCCCCCUUCCUCCAUCCAUCCAUCCAUCCAUCCAUCCAUCUCCUCCUCCUCUUUCUUCUCCUCCUCCUCUUCCCCCCCCCCCACCUUUGCUGGCCACCCCACCCCAGGGAAUUCGGAGUCGUUGCAACGCGGGCGCUCGGCGGAUAGGGAGGGGAUGCCUUGGAAAUAAUCAUGCUCCACAGAGGAACAGAUCGGACCUGCAGCUUCUCCAAACAGAGCCUUCUCCUCUAAAGCUCCAGCAAACCAAAAGCAUAAUUAUUAGAAGAAUCUUUAAUUUUUUAAAAUCCAGUCCCUAACCUCAUAUGGAAAUGGAAUAAUUAUUCUGGAUUCUGCAUUGGGAAAACCUCUUCUUUCGCUGCAUUACCCUUGAAUGGAAUCAUUUUUUUCUUUGAAUUUGCAUCACCUCAAGCCAGAAGAUUAACCCACUCCCCCACAAUUUCCCAGCUAAAUUGGAUUUUAAAUUCUCUUUCAUUUCUCCCUUAUCUUUCUUAUGUGGAUAUGCAAGCAAGAAGAGGAGACUGGAUACUCCCAACAUGUUCACUCCCUUAAUCUGUCCGUAUAGAGGUUCUACUUCUACAAACCAAGGGAGUCUAAGAGUUGAAGAUGAGGCCCAGGACAGAGUACUACUCUCCAAGGUUCUGGUUAGUGCUGGCUGUCUUAGCAGUGUCAGGCAGCAAGGCUCGUGCUCAGAAGAGUCAUCCCAGCAUUGGUAUUGCCGUCAUACUAGUGGGCACUUCAGACGAAGUGGCUAUCAAGGAUGCCCACGAGAAAGAUGACUUCCACCACCUCUCUGUGGUACCUCGCGUGGAGCUGGUAGCCAUGAAUGAGACUGAUCCCAAGAGCAUUAUCACUCGCAUCUGUGAUCUCAUGUCGGACCGCAAGAUCCAGGGUGUGGUAUUUGCUGAUGACACAGACCAGGAAGCCAUCGCUCAGAUCCUUGAUUUCAUUUCAGCCCAGACUCUCACUCCCAUCCUGGGCAUCCAUGGAGGCUCCUCUAUGAUAAUGGCAGACAAGGAUGACUCCUCCAUGUUCUUUCAAUUUGGCCCAUCAAUUGAACAGCAAGCCUCCGUAAUGCUCAACAUCAUGGAGGAGUAUGACUGGUACAUCUUUUCUAUUGUCACCACCUACUUCCCCGGAUACCAAGACUUUGUCAACAAGGUCCGCAGCACGAUUGAGAACAGCUUUGUGGGUUGGGAGCUAGAGGAGGUCCUGCUGCUUGACAUGUCCUUGGAUGAUGGAGAUUCCAAGAUCCAGAACCAGCUGAAGAAGCUUCAAAGUCCCAUCAUCCUUCUCUACUGCACCAAGGAAGAAGCAACCUAUAUCUUUGAAGUGGCUAACUCUGUGGGCUUAACUGGCUAUGGCUAUACGUGGAUUGUGCCGAGCCUGGUGGCGGGGGACACGGACACGGUGCCCUCAGAGUUCCCCACCGGGCUCAUCUCCGUGUCCUACGACGAGUGGGAUUACGGCCUUCCUGCCAGGGUGAGGGAUGGGAUUGCCAUCAUCACCACGGCCGCCUCGGACAUGCUCUCUGAGCACAGCUUCAUCCCUGAGCCCAAGAGCAGCUGUUACAACACCCAUGAGAAGAGAAUCUACCAGUCCAAUAUGCUUAAUAGGUAUCUAAUCAAUGUGACUUUUGAGGGGAGGAAUCUGUCCUUCAGCGAGGAUGGCUACCAGAUGCAUCCCAAAUUGGUGAUAAUCCUUCUGACCAAGGAGAGGAAAUGGGAGAGGGUAGGAAAGUGGAAAGACAAAAACCUUCAGAUGAAAUACUAUGUAUGGCCUCGUGUGUGUCCUGAGACUGAAGAGCGGGAGGAUGACCACUUGAGCAUUGUCACCCUGGAAGAGGCUCCUUUUGUCAUUGUGGAAAGUGUGGAUCCAUUGAGUGGAACCUGCAUGAGGAAUACAGUUCCCUGCCAGAAACGCAUUGUCACUGAGAACAAAACAGAUGAGGAGCCAGAUUACAUUAAAAAAUGCUGCAAGGGUUUCUGCAUUGACAUCCUCAAGAAAAUAUCUAAAUCUGUGAAGUUCACCUAUGACCUCUACCUAGUUACCAAUGGCAAGCAUGGGAAGAAAAUCAAUGGAACCUGGAAUGGUAUGAUUGGAGAGGUGGUCAUGAAGCGUGCCUACAUGGCAGUGGGAUCCCUUACCAUCAAUGAAGAACGCUCAGAAGUGGUGGACUUCUCUGUGCCCUUCAUAGAGACUGGCAUUAGUGUUAUGGUGUCACGAAGCAAUGGGACUGUCUCACCAUCUGCCUUCUUAGAGCCAUUCAGCGCUGAUGUGUGGGUUAUGAUGUUUGUAAUGCUGCUGAUUGUCUCAGCAGUUGCAGUUUUUGUCUUUGAAUACUUCAGCCCUGUGGGUUAUAACCGGUGCCUUGCUGAUGGCAGAGAGCCAGGCGGUCCCUCUUUCACCAUUGGCAAAGCUAUUUGGUUGCUGUGGGGUCUGGUAUUUAACAACUCUGUACCAGUUCAGAACCCAAAGGGAACAACCAGCAAAAUCAUGGUGUCAGUGUGGGCCUUCUUUGCUGUCAUCUUCUUGGCCAGCUACACUGCCAACUUAGCUGCCUUCAUGAUUCAAGAGGAGUAUGUGGACCAAGUUUCCGGCCUGAGUGACAAAAAGUUCCAGAGACCGAAUGACUUCUCACCCCCCUUCCGAUUUGGGACUGUGCCCAAUGGUAGCACAGAGAGGAACAUUCGCAAUAAUUAUCUUGAAAUGCAUACCUACAUGGGGAAAUUCAACCAGAAGGGUGUGGACGAUGCACUGCUCUCUCUGAAGACAGGGAAGCUAGAUGCCUUCAUCUAUGAUGCCGCAGUCCUGAACUAUAUGGCAGGCAGAGAUGAGGGUUGCAAGCUGGUGACUAUUGGUAGUGGAAAGGUAUUUGCUUCUACUGGCUAUGGCAUUGCUAUCCAGAAAGAUUCCGGAUGGAAGCGCCAGGUGGAUCUUGCCAUUCUGCAGCUCUUUGGAGAUGGGGAGAUGGAAGAACUGGAAGCUCUCUGGCUUACUGGCAUUUGCCACAAUGAAAAGAAUGAGGUCAUGAGCAGCCAGCUGGAUAUUGACAACAUGGCAGGUGUCUUCUACAUGCUGGGGGCAGCCAUGGCCCUCAGUCUCAUUACAUUCAUCUGUGAACACCUUUUCUAUUGGCAGUUCCGCCACUGCUUUAUGGGAGUCUGCUCUGGCAAGCCUGGAAUGGUCUUCUCCAUAAGCAGAGGCAUUUACAGUUGCAUCCACGGGGUAGCCAUCGAGGAGCGUCAGUCGGUGAUGAAUUCCCCCACGGCCACUAUGAACAAUACGCAUUCUAACAUCUUGCGCCUGCUUCGUACUGCCAAGAACAUGGCUAACCUGUCCGGAGUCAAUGGGUCCCCACAGAGCGCUCUGGACUUCAUCCGCCGCGAGUCCUCCGUCUACGACAUCUCCGAGCACCGCCGCAGCUUCACCCAUUCUGACUGUAAAUCCUACAACAACCCCCCCUGCGAAGAGAACCUCUUCAGCGACUAUAUCAGUGAGGUGGAACGAACUUUUGGCAACCUCCAGCUGAAGGACAGCAACAUGUACCAAGACCACUAUCACCACCACCAUCGGCCCCACAGCAUCGGCAGCGCCAGCUCCAUUGACGGACUCUACGACUGUGACAACCCCCCCUUCACCACCCAGCCGAGGUCAAUCAGCAAGAAGCCGUUGGACAUUGGCCUGCCGUCCACCAAACAUAACCAGCUCAGCGAUCUGUACGGCAAGUUCUCUUUUAAGAGCGACCGUUUUGGGGGCCAUGAUGACCUGAUCCGCUCGGACGUCUCCGACAUUUCCACUCACACGGUCACCUAUGGAAACAUUGAGGGCAAUGCGGCCAAGAGGCGAAAGCAGCAGUAUAAGGACAGCCUGAAGAAGCGGCCGGCCUCCGCCAAGUCUCGGCGGGAGUUUGACGAGAUCGAGCUGGCCUACCGCCGGCGGCCGCCCCGCUCCCCGGACCACAAGCGCUACUUCAGGGACAAGGAGGGGCUACGGGACUUCUAUCUGGACCAGUUCCGAACCAAGGAGAAUUCUCCUCACUGGGAGCACGUGGAUCUUACGGAUAUCUACAAGGAGCGCGGGGACGACUUCAAGCGGGAUUCGGUCAGCGGGAGUGCUCCCUGCGCCAACAGGUCUCACCACAAGCACGGGACGAGUGACUUCGGAGCAGCCAACGAGCGCAAGCACGUCGUCAGCGGCGUGCCCGCUCCCUGGGAGAAGAACCUGACCAACCUCGACUGGGAAGAGCGGUCGGGCGGUAACUUCUGCCGCAGCUGCCCCUCCAAGCUCCACAACUACACCGCCCCGGCGGUGGGGCAGAACUCCAGCAGGCAGGCCUGCAUCCGCUGUGAGGCCUGCAAGAAGGCGGGCAACCUGUACGACAUCAGCGAGGAUAACUCCCUCCAGGAGCUGGACCAGCCCGCUGCCCCGGUGGCGGUGACCUCGAACGCCCCCGCCACCAAAUACCCUCAGAGCCCGUCGAACUCCAAGGCCCAGAAGAAGAACCGGAACAAGCUCCGCCGGCAGCACUCCUACGACACCUUCGUGGACUUGCAGAAGGAAGAAGCAGCCCUGGCGCCCCGAAGCGUGAGCCUGAAGGACAAGGGCCGUUUCCUGGAAGGGAGCCCCUACGCGCACAUGUUUGAGAUGCCGAGCGGUGAGACCACCUUUGCCAACAACAAGCCCUCAGUGCCCACGGCCGGACACCACCACCACAACAACCCUGGAGGCGGUGGCUACAUGCUCAGCAAGUCGCUCUACCCUGACCGGGUCACACAAAACCCUUUCAUCCCCACUUUUGGGGAUGACCAGUGCUUGCUCCAUGGCAGCAAAUCCUACUUCUUCAGGCAGCCCACGGUGGCGGGGGGAACGAAAGCCAGGCCGGACUUCCGGGCCAUCGUCACCAACAAGCCGGUGGUCUCAGCCCUUCAUGCGGCUGUGCCAGGCCGUUUCCAGAAGGACAUCUGUAUAGGAAACCAGUCCAACCCCUGUGUGCCUAACAACAAAAACCCCAGGGCUUUCAAUGGCUCCAGCAAUGGGCAUGUUUAUGAGAAACUUUCUAGUAUUGAAUCUGAUGUCUGAGUGGGGGAGGGGGGGUGGGAGAGUGGGGAAGGGGACUGUGGGGCUUGUGGGGGGGAGGGGAUGAAUAAUUUGGUACAUGUGUCAUAGAGGGUGAUGGGGUUUGAACUUGGUUCCCAUUUGUUCCUCUCUUAGUUCUUUAUUUAUUUGGGGGAGCCUGGAGUCCCGGUUUUCAUUGAAGACAGCAUUGGUGACAUCUUUUUCCAGCCUUUUCCGCUUCCCUCCUCCUUCCUCCAUCCGUCAAGCAUUUUUCCUAUUAGCAGGGCAUGGAAAUAUGGUAUUUGAGCUUGGUGUAUCACAGUGGGAAAAGGAAGUAUCCACAUCUAGAGGGGAACAGAACAAUGGCCCUUCUCUGGUCUCUCUCAGCAUGGCUGAAAAGUCUCCUUGCACACACAUGAGUCAAACGAGGAGAGAUCAGAGAUGGUCCCAAGGGCCAAAGAAGAGAACUCUCCCCCCAAAUGAGCUUGGCUUCCAGUGAAGAAGUAGAAGAGAGAAUGAAUGGGGGAACUGUGAAUUACAAAGGGGCUCUCAUCAAGUUCUUUUUGCCUAGACUAUGUAUGCUUUUAUUAGGGCAUUUGCUUUAUAGCAGAAGAAAGGAGGCUGAUUGUAUUUGUUAUGUAUAUAAGUCAAGAAGCUUACAUUAAAGAUUUCUGUAAUUAGAUAGUGGGGUGAUGCAGGAAAAGUUAUUGACAGAAUCACUGGGAAUAUCCCUGCAAAAUUAAAGAGGAAACCGUACUAAUGUUCUGGGUAAUCACAGAAGUAAAAGGAAUUCAGAUAUUUUAUUUUCUGUUACUGUGUGCUUAUGCACUUAUACACAUAGGCAGUAUUCUUGACUCAUUCUGCUGUUUGUUUCAAUAUUGCCAAACAUAGCUAAUCUAUAUAUUUGGCUUCUAUGUGAAUAUUCUGCCACCAUCCAGAAAGGUUUGGGGGAAAAACUUAGAAAUAUUCUGUAGUCUAGGCAAAAGGAUGGUGAAUCAGCCAACAAGAGCAAAAUUAGGAGAUUCCUGUGAUAUGUGACCAUGUUGACCAUUACUGGCAAAACAAAACAAAGCAAAAACAAGUCAAAAUAAAACCCCUUCAAACAAGUUAAGGGUGGUGGGAAGUAGCCAUGAUCCAUACCUCACCCCUACUUUUUUUUUCCUUGCCACCCACUCUUGAGAAGGAAAGGUUCUGAUAGAAUCUUUCUUUGUGAUUUGGCUCAGGUGUCCUUUAUAGUUCCCAAGGAAGGGAAAAUCAGGUGGGAUAUUUGCAAAGAGAUGAAGAACUUAAUGGUAGGAUGAGUAGGAGAGGGGGAUGUCUUUAGUACUUUGAUCCCUCCUUACUUAACAAAAAGUUUACUCCAGAGUUUGUCAUACUUCACACAAUAAGAAAUGCAGCUUGCCUCCUUUUGAAAAAUGGGUACAAAUUAAAUAGCCUAAAAGUAUGCUAAGAGCCAGAGACAUGGAGAGAAGAAGACAAUAUGAAAAAAAGGCAGAGGAUAGAAAUUGGGAGGAGGAUUGAAGAGGGUACCAUAUUGGGGGCCUGACAUCUAUAAGUAUGUUGAUGUUUCCAGUGUAAAAUAUUGAUAUGGGAGUCUUUCAAUGUUGGGAACCAACCUCACUCCUCUUUUGAUUAGUACCAUUCUAGAAUUUAAAAAAAUGUUAGUUUCAUGAAGAAGUCAGUAGAUAUGAAGCCCCCUUCUUUAAACAUAGUAAAACUUGAGAAGGGAAAUGAGUCUUUGUCACUGCCUAUUUAUGAAUCUUGUGUGUGGGGAAAGGAAAUUAAAGAGACUCAUAGAUCCUACUCUGUGUGUGCUACUGUGACCUCCAUUCUACCAGGUAGCUCCCAAAGGGUCUUAUAUCAGUUUGAAAGCAAGACAGCAGCAGCUAUCUGCUAUCCACACAGGACAAAUAAACCAGAAAGGUGCUUCUCCCAUGGAAAGAAAGCCACCAUUCCUCUUCAAGUCAUGUUCUCCAGGGUUCUUCUCUACUUCCUCUUUGCCCUGCCUUCCUACAUUUCCAUUAUCCUCCUACCUCCCCACCAUCCGCUGUUGAUUUUUUACCUCAAUAUCUUUCAUUUUUUAAAGCCAACUGAAGGCCUUGUGAAGCUUUGUUUUCUUUCUAAAAUGGACUUGGGAGAAGGGCUGAACCUCUCACAAGUUUUGAGAGGGGCACAGUGUGCUUUAUCUGAGAUUAAAGGAGAGACUAAGAGGGAGAAUGAAAGGCCAAGAUGAUGGAGAAGGGCCACAAAAACAUGACUCCAUCUAAUCAUGCAGGCCCCUUGCUUGCUCUUCCUCUUCGUCUUACCUCACCCUUUAAAAGUAAAAACCAAACCAACUAACCUAGCGAACAGCAAUCUAGAACCAAGGGGACUCUGUCCCUCUCUGAUGGCAACAGAGAUUAAGAUGGUGUUUAUUUCAUAUGUAAAUAUUUUGUUUUAUAAUUAAUUUUGUAUAGAUGAAGUGUCCUCUUCUUGUGAGUAUUCAGGGUGUGGGGCAGGAGGGGUGGGGUGGGAGUGGGGUAGAGGGAAAAGUGUUUUUGUUGUGGGUUUUCAUUUUCCACUUUGGGGGGUGGGGGUAAUGGGGUAUGUUUUGUAUGGCUUUUACUGCAGUGCAGGGUGUCUUGAAGCAUUUUGUGUAAGAGGCCAUAGGAGUGGGAAAGCCAGGGAAAAGCAUAUUUAUCCCAUGGACCCUUCCUCUCCCCUGCCUUUUUAAUCAGUCCCUUCAUCUGUAGUGAGAAGGAUUCCUGCACUACUCCUUGGGUUCUGCCUGGUGCCCAAACUUGGCUCCAAACUAGUCUUAGGCUUAUUUAUCUCCCAUCCCCAAGAAUGAAUUCCAGGUUAUCAAUAUCUUUUAAAUGAAUUUGCCUCAGAGUUACAAUAUUAUCCCCAUUAAUACCUGGGGGUAGAAUAGGAGGAUAGUCUUAGGAGAUAGUCUUAGCUGGCUGAGUGUGGAUGUGGACUCAAAUAAUCUCCAUUCCUGGUGUUCCUGAGAGAAUUGUCUAAAGCUCAUUUCAGGAAUCUUUACCCAGUUCUCAGUGUGCCCCAUUUAUAUGGAGCAACAGUCUGAUUCAUAUUGGUUCAGUGGAUCUUUUCUUUCCUUAUAGUUUAAAAAUCACCCUAGAAAAAUAACUCUGAAUACAUGUCCAAAACUUCCAUAUUCUCUGACUAUACUUUUCUUUAAAAAAAAAAUUAACAAAUGAAACCUAGUUAUAGAAAAAUGCGGUUUUGUUUUAUAUUGAGUUUUUUGUUUGUUUUGUUGUUUAAACAGAAACAACUGGGCACAGAUCUCAUUUUUCUAGAAAGGUUUCAUUCACUGUUCCUAGAUAUCAGUGACAGGAGAAUUCUAUCCCAAAGGUUGAGAAAAUUAGGACUAUGGUAGAAGUAUACGCGUCAUAAGUUAUUAUUGUACCCCAUUUCUACAAUUAUUAAGAUGAUAUUCACUCUCAGCUAUAUAGACACCAACUUUAGACAGACCAAGAAAAAGAAUUUCUUUUCUAAGAUUGUUGGCUUCUUCAAGUUUGGCAGUUUGUCUUAUUUUUACCUCAGGACUGGAUCAUAUUCCCAUUCUGCAUAAUCUGUCCUGCUUCUAUCUUGCCUGUUCUUCAUCAGGGUCUUCUGAUUUCUUUGCCUCAUGUUCUUGGUCACUUGAGCAAGAAGGGAAUGGGUUAGAAAUUUGUGAUCCUGUUCAGAGCAUUAAGAAUGCUUAUAACAUUCAUGCCUGGGAAGGUAUGAACUUUGUUAUAGGCUAGAAGUUGUCUCUUACUAAAAUAUUAAAGAAAUUAAAUUCAUUUAGCAUCAAACCCUGCCUGUGCUAUAAAUAAGUGCAGGUGAAGACCCAUCUGUCUAAAGCUGUGAGAUUCCAUGGAAACAGUAGCUCAAUGAUAUCUUACUUUUAAUUGUCCUUCAGACACCAUGCAUGUUUCCUUGAGUCAUUUGUUUCUGCUAUUUUACCCCCACUUUGAGUAUUAUAAGCUGCCAUAUUUGGAUAAUUUCUAGUAUGCAUCCUACUAUUCUGGCCAUUACAAUGCCUUAAUUUUCAUUUUAAUAACCACCAGUGGAAAGAAUACUUGUUGGCAUUGAUAGGGGCUUGGCUAUCUGUAGGACUGCAGAGAGGGGAAAAUAAACAAUUUAGUCUUUCUGAGGCCCCUCUGGAGAUCUUCAAGCAUUGUUCUGUUACUUUAGAGAUAAAGGGAAGAUUUAACUGAAGUUGCAGAGUGCUGGCCACUCUGCAUAUCUUGGCCAAGAACUGCUUUUAAUACUUUCAAUUCUAGGAGUAAAUUAACCUGGAUUGCUGGGGAAGCAACUUUUUCAAGAUGCUAUUCCAGAACUUAUUCUCCUUUUUAAAAUCCCUAAUCUCUAUUAAUUACUCAUUAUUUAUGGAACACCAUGAACAUGCCUGCAGUGUGUAUAUCAGUGAUUGUUUCAGGUCUAUACUGUACAGAAAAUAAUGAACUGGGAUAGGAUUGUGGAAUGCCUCAAGCAUUUUCAAGUAGAACUGACAAUCAGCAGACUCCUUUACCCAGCCUACCUAGGUAACAGGUGCCCAUUGUUGCUACCAAAUUCUCUGGAUAACUUGUCUUCUUAAUUUGAGAUUCAAAUUACACAGGUGGGUGAAAUGUGUAGACGAUUUAUCUUGAUGGGGUAAUGAGAAGACAAUGACCGCUUGUAAAGGACAGAAUAGGCAACUACAUGUGACACAAUUUCAGAGUUACUGAGAAGACCCAUCAAAAAUUUUUUCAUCAUUCAGUCAUUAAUACCUACUGUUUCAAACUUUCUCUCCUCUGUCAAACUGCAAAUCUCUCUACCCCCCCCCAGAAUGGUAACAUACACUCAUAAAUAUGAAUGAAAGAGUCUCAGAUCAGAACAGACAGACACAAGAACAGACUUAAACAGAAGGAAAAAAAUAUCAGGAAAGGGUGUACAGGACUUGACCACUGCCUUUGAGAUGCUAAUUCAUAGAAUUCAUGCCUAAAGAAAUAGAAAAUAAAGUUCAGAGAAGGUACAGCAGAACAGCUGUAUCAAAAGACCUGAUUACUGGUAUCCGUUGCUUCAGCCUUACUAUCCCCUAUUAAAUGCCAGUCCUCACCCACCCACAUUCCCCAGUGGUAACAUAUACACACUUAGGACUAAAUUAGUUUGUUUCUCAAUAGAAAACAGGUUUUGAUAUAGGGAGGGAGAAAGAAAGUCAAAAACAGUGGACAGGCUAAGAAGACAUGGAAGAUGAUAGUAGGGAUCAGACCAAAGGAGAAAAGUUCUAAACUUUACCUACUACAUAGUAUCAAAGACAGAUGUGUAUUUGGAAAACUUCCUAUGGAAGAAAAAUCAUGAGAAUGAAUUCAUGGAUAACAUCUCCACUUGUCCAGAAUGAAAUUUAGAGUCAUAGUUUUAGGCAUGAGCAUGUUUUAUAGGCUCCAUAUAAUUUUUUCUCUCUGCUAUUUUCCUUCUUCAUCCACUUAAUUCACCCACCUGUGUAAAUGCUCAGAUCCAAAGAGGUGCCUGUUUUCUGUACAUUGAGCAAGGGGAAGGGGAACAAUGAGACAGGAAGAUAGGGAAGAGAUUACUUGCUAUAAAUUUUAAUUCAAAUGAGUGCAUCACGUAUUUACUAAGUGCCUACUAGGUGUCUAGCACUGAGCUAAGUACUAUGGGGAUAACAAAAGAAGGAUAUGAAAUGGAAUAUCCAUGCCAAGUGAUUUUCAUUCUAUACCAUAUAAACAUUUAUUACCUUAAAAAUAUGCAUGACUCUAUGUAAAUGUGCAUUCAUCAUAGUGUAUGUUUGUGUAUACUUGUCUGUCACAUUUUUGUACUUUGGAGAACAUAAAACAAAGAUUAAACACAUUAUGUCAAUGAACUACAUUGAUCCAACUACCCAUUGGCACAGCUGUAUCUUUGACCUUGUUUCACUGAAACUAUUCCAUCUUCAAAAUGACCGUUAUUCCUUAUCUUUCACCUCUCUAAUUCCUAGUUAUUCUAUUACUCCUAGCUAUUAGUUUCAUCAAAUGAGUUAAUGUAUAGAAAAUGCUUUGAAAAGCUUCAAUCCUAGUGAAUUUCAGUUUAUUUAUUACUAUUAUUCAUCUUAAUCUUAACCUUUCAUAUCUCUCCCAUUCAGCACUUUCUGAUUUACCUUCCAGCUUGUCCUAUACCCAUAGUCACCUAUUUCAGGGAUAUUGUGCUGAGCUUCCUAGAAUUCCCUCUAUCACUUCCCCUGACCUUUGCACUCACCCAGACCCGUACUUCAAUUAUGCCAACUAUGCAUCCAAUCUAUCCUACAUCCUGAUAAAAAGUUAAUCCUAAACCACACUUCAAAACAUGUCUUUGUUCCUGCCCCAAGCACCAUCAGUAGUUCCCUAUUGCCUUCAGAAUUAACCCCAAACUCUUUAGUUUUACAUUCAGUAAAGUGAAGCCCAGUAUCUUUCUAGCCUUAUCUCCCAAUAUUCCUUUGCAUAUACCCUGUAUGUUGUCCAGGUUUGACUGUUUGCUGUGCCAUUCUUAGAGCUAGCUCAAACGUCAUCUUGUUUAUGGUGCCUUGUUUUGUCCCACAUUGAGAAAUGGCCUCUGUUCUCUGAUAUUAUUCUGAUAAUAUACUGCUUUGUUCAUGUAAUAUGAGUAUAUAUUUUGCUGCUUCCUAUAGAUUCCUUGAGGGCAGGAAUUAUUCUUCAUUUUAUAUCCCCACAGUGUCUGGGACAAUGUUCUGCACAUAGUGAUGCUCAAUUAAUAUUUGUUGAAUGAAUAGAUACUAUGUGUCAUACAGUUAAAAAGGAGACGAUUUUUGCUCAUAUGAAUUUUUUGAAAUUAUUUUUUUUCUUCUGGGCCAGUGAUUCCAUUCAUAUGAGCGACUAUUCUCUAACUUAGAAUCUUAUUGAGUUGCCCAAGGGACUGAGACAUUCAGUUUCUUUUUCAUGGGCAAAAAACUAAACUAUGUUAGACACCAGAGUUUUCCUGGUUCUAAGACUAGCUUUCUACCCAUCACCCCCAAGUAUCUUGGACAUCCUGACACUCCUAACUAUGGCCAACCAGAUUAAAAAUAAUUGGGAAGUAUUUAACAAAAUAAAUAAAAAUAUAACAGAAUAUAGAGGUUCUUAUGUAUGGUUUAACGGCCUUUUUUUAUUUGACUCUGACAGCACCAUACUCAUGCCUCUCAUGAUUACCCUAUCUGCAUUAUGAGUCAUGGAUAAGUCUCACACGUUUACACAUGCAAAUAAAUACAUACAUAUGGAUAUGUAUGUGCAUGUAUGUAUUUUCUUUGGUACAGAUAACUUUGCAUGGAUGAAGGAAGACCUUUUCUCAGUAAUGCUUUGCCUUAUGCUGUGAUUCUAAAAGUUAUUUUGUGUUCUUUUCAUGUUUUUUAAAGUUUGCUCAGAGUGCCAUAUUUACUAAAGAGGUGAAAUGAAAAGUUCAGAGAGAGGACAAGAUUAAAAUUGUAUUUAUGACUGCAUUAAAUAUUUGAAGUUGAGAAUCUUUCCAAACAGGGGUUGUAUAAUACUCCUUUAAUAUUCAGUAUACCACAUUCAAUACCACUUUGGAAAAUUUUCAUGUUGUACAUUAUUACAUAAAGUAACUGGAAGGAAGAGCCUAUUGCAAUUUAGUAGCACUGAUCUUUAAAAUCAAUGUCAGCUGUUUUUCUAUUAGAUCCUAGGUAGUGGUGAAAUCUCAAUUGCAAGAGAGCUCAGAGGCCAUCUGGUCCAACCUGUAGCUGACAGUUUUCAAAUAUUCCCAGCAAGUGGUCAUCUAAUUUUUGCUGAAAGACCCUUAGCAAGAAGGAUUCAUGUUUUCCAAAAAUAUCACAUUUCACUUUUCGAUAGUUCUUCUUAAAUAAUUUAUGUUUUCCUGGUUUUAAUGAUUUUUACCCAUUCUUGAAAUAUAAUCAUUUGUAAUACAAAUAUUUAGUAAAUAGACAAUACCUUCUCCAGUAUUACCUCACACAAAGAAAAAGAGAUUAUUCAAUCAGUUAUUCAGACAUUUCAAUCCCUCAACCAUCUUCAUUUUACCUAUGAUAUCUAGGUAUUUCAGAGAACAAAUUAUUUGGGGACCUAUAUUACACAUCGGCAAUUGUCUAAAUCUCUUUUUACUGAGCAAGCUAUGGCUCAAAUUAAAUAACAAUAUUUAAUUUUUUUCAAUGGGAAGAAUCCUUAAUAUUGUAAUAGUCUAUGGGUUAUUGUAAUAGCUGUCAGGAUGAAGGACUGGCUCAUCCUUUAAUUCCUCAUCUUUUUCAUCUUCUUAGUAUUUCUAGUCAUUCAUAAGUAAAAAUGUUUUCUUUUAAUUACCAAUUUACUCUCAAUUUUCCUAAUUUGUUUUUUUAAUCAUCUAAAUUUUCAAGCUUCAACUUCCAUUUCCAGUCUGCUGAUAUUAUUUCUAUUUGUUGUCCCAUGAUCUUUCUCCAUCUUUUCCUUCAGUCUCCCUCCAAAACAAAUGCUUCUCAGAAUCUUCCAGAUUUGAAUGUUGCCAGCACUGGAUCACUUAUUCAUCACUGUCUUAUUCAUUUUUCUCUAUGCCAGCUUCCUUUUAUAAAUCUCACUUUGCCACCGUUCAUAAAUUAUUCUCCCUUGAGAGACAUCCAUUGCUAUUAUGUGCUCAUUUAAAUCAUACUCUAUAGAAUCAUAGUCAAAUAUAUCAUAGACAUUGACAAAUCUCAACUUCAGAAAAUGAACUGAGUCUAUUCCCCACAAAUUCAUUGAGAAUGAAAUGGAGGGUGUUGAGAAUACGAAAUAAUAGUUUGAUUUGAUGAAAAUUAAAAUGCAAGGCAAAAAAAAUGUGUUAAAGGUAAGGGAAAUGUCUUCAUAGUCAAAAUCAUGUUGGCUUUGUACAUGCCCACUGUUGGAACUAGAGAUUUAUGGGGAUAAAUCUUGCUUCUUACCACUUAAAAAAAUGAUAUGUUUUAUCAAUGAAACUAAUGUAUAUUUAAAUAACUUCUGAUAAAAGGGUUGAAAGAAAAUCACUUGUGUGAAGAUCAGGUGUCAACAUCUCUUAAGAAUUAUGGAAGGCAAAAUGGAAAAACAAGAUUUUCUUGAGGAAAGCAUUUUCAUAUGUGAGUUGUUAUAAUAAUUUUUUUCUUAAAUAUGAAUGGUAAAAACAGGUAAGGUUUAGAUGGAAGGGGGAAAGGCAUAUCCUGGAGUAUGGCAGCAGCAUACUAACUUGAAAGCAGAAGGAAAAUGAUUAAUGAAAGAAAUAAAAGAACCAUUUGAUCCAAUGCCAAUAUGUUGUGGAAGGUGGCAACUACCUGAGAGACUGCCCUGUUCAGUGACAGGUGACUGAGAAGAGGAUAUGACUGCUUUCAGUAGCAACUAUUAACACCCUGGAAUAGAUGAGAAGAUGGGAUUCAUCUCUGCAAUACUUUACAUUUGACCUGUGAGAUCUUGAAUGGCCCUCAAGGGAAUAAGGGUUUUAGUUUAGAUCUCACCAUAUUUCCAGCUUCUCCUGCCAACAAUACAGCAAAGUACCUUAUGCAUUUCCUUGGUCAGAAGAUCAGUGAAUUUUCCCAGAACCUAUCUCUACUGCCUCCAGGAUGCCAAAUCUGAUUUCUCUUUUACUUACUCCAGGCAAGCUCAUUCACCAAGCCUAAUUCUUAUAUUAUCCAUAAUAUCCAAUGGGAGUCCAGACCAAGUUGACAUGGCCACAUGAAUGUGAAUAUUCUGAACUGCCUGUUUUCUAUUGAUAAGGAUGUUGCCUAUAUCUAGAAAAGGACUUAAAAAAAAUCUUUAAUUGCCUGAGAUCUUAUAGUCAGUGCUAUUUGUGGAGUUAACUGUACUUUCCAGUCUCAUAUUUUGAUUGUAGUAUAGUGUUAUGGAAAUUUUAUUUGCUUUUAAAAAAAUACUAAGGGCUAUUAUUCUAAAGGCCCCUUUGGCUAUGACCAAAGGACCAUUUGCAUCCUACAGGCUGGGAUCAUUGCACUAUAUCUAAUCCUUGUUUUAGUAACUUAAAUGUUGUUUCCACAUACUGACCAGAAGGGAAUGGUUGAAUUUAAUUUUCUUUUCCCUCUUUCUGCUUCUUUUUUUUUAUUCCUCAUCUAUAUAAUAGGUUCCAAAUUGCCUAUAUCCAUUACUUUCUGGAGGGAUAAGGAUAUGUUCUUGGCAUAUGAAAUUUGGUCAUUUGGAAUCCAUUAUAGACAUAUUAUGCCCUCUUCAACUAAUGUUCUGUAUUUCCCAAUAAGCUUGAUGUCUGACAAUAGCAUCUAAACUUUAAGGGAAAAAAAAGAUUAUCUGAGCAUUCUAAUGUUAGCUUUGUAGCCUUCUCAUAGUUCACAAAUUUAAACCUGAAUAAUCUUUGGUGUCCUAUGAGUGGAUUAAUUUUAAGAGGAUGGAGAUGUAGUGAUGGCUGUAAGGAUCUCCUAAGAAGAGUUCUGUUGCCUAGAUACAUAGGAGUUUAUUUGUAUAGAGUCAAAACUGGUACAGGCAUUUCCAUGAUUAUUCAAAAAUUACAUUCGAUUAUCACAUAAAAAUGAACAAUGCAAGAACAAUGAAGGGAAGUAAAAAGGGUGGAGAGAAAGAGGAGAAAAAUCACCCACCUUUGGCAAGCCAAUGAUUGUUCAUUUCUACCUCUCUCAAGGUCAGAAGCAAGGGAAACAUCAAGACUGGAAAUAGGCAGGGAACAUGAAGGGAAGACAAUCAUUAAAGUAGGUGCUUAGGCUAACAUAAGUAAUAGCAAUAAACUUUCCACUGAACAUUAAAACAAUUUUUCCUCUGAUUAAAAAAAUGAAUUGGAUGACAACCCUGAUUUCUGGAUAAUCUAGAUUCCAUUGAGAUGACAAGACAACUAUAUUCCCCUAUAUUAUUCUCUGCUCUCUUUUCAGGACUCAUUCUUUAUGAUUGAAUGGGCCUAAAAAUGUGCCAUAUAGGAUGGUCAGCUACAAUUCACUCCCAACAAACAAAAUAACAUAGUGGGACUUUAGGAAACAUAAAGUUUUAACCUCUAUAUGACAUUUAAUAUUUCCAAACUACAUCUAACUUAUUUUUAGUACAGUAAAUUUACCUGCUGCAUAAUACCUUAGAAACAACCAUACUGCAUAUAACUGGAAUUUUCAGAUCAUUCAAAAAAGAAUAAAAGUUGGUCCCAAAUGGUUCCUGGAACUCCUGUUGAAUCAUCACUGCAGUUUUCAAUUAUCUAUUAGUAGUUGUCUCCUAGAAUUCUCUUAAAAGAGGUCCGUGAAUGAACUUAAAUUAGGGCUCUGAUUGACAAUAUCUAACUUUUGCAGUCUCUUUAACUGAAGAGAAAACAAAGUUAUUCUUAAGCAUAUUGAUCAUUUUUCUUUACAAAACAUAUCUCUUCCCUUCUCAAAUACAAAAAUAAAAAUGUCAAGCAUCAAUGUUUCUCAGAAAAGAAAAAUUAAAAUAUUUAUAUACGUACAUAUACAUGCAGUCUUGUGUGUAUACGUGAAAGAUGGCCAGAGAGAGAACAUUGGUGGUAGGAGUAAAUAGGGAGCUUAGUAACCAGAAAGUGAUGAAGUUCCUGUAAUUUUUUUUAAGUUGAAAAUAAAAUCUAACAAAGACUUUUGAACUUUUGUGGGGUGGGAAAUAUUGUGAAUAAAUUUUUAAUAUUAAUUCAAUUUUUAUGUAGCAUGUAAACCACCAAAAUAAAAAACUCAAGAAUGAAA